CAUCCUUCUCAUCUCUGUUCCAGUUACAAAUGAGUCUCCCAAUGAGUUUAGAAAGUUUUUAAAGACCAACAUCAUGUAAAAGUGCUUGUAAAACAUCGCUAAGGAAAAGGCUCUGCACACCACACUUCACCUGCAAUUGUUUCCUGGUUAUAAGAGACACAAAAACAGACGAGCUGAAUCACAUCUGGUGUAGGAGAUUGGUAUAACUUCACAGCGUGAAAUUCUGAGAGCUGAAAUGGAGGAAGUUGACAAUUCUUAUGGUGACUUUUCUGAUUAUUACUUUAAUAUGACCGACUGGUGUGAGGGGGUUAUAAACUGCACCCCUUUUGUGCUCCCCACUGAACCGCCACUGUCCAGGAUUGGUUACCGGCAUUGGAUCACUCUGGUCUGUUACCUCAUUGUGUUCCUGCUGGGUGUCCCGGGGAAUGCUCUGGUGGUGUGGGUGACCGCGUUUCGAAUGCCGAACAAUGUGAACGCACAGUGGUUUCUGAAUCUGGCCAUCGCGGAUCUGCUGUGCUGCUUGUCGUUGCCUCUCCUCAUGGUGCCGCUCGUCCAGGACCAGCACUGGCCUUAUGGUGCUUUGGGUUGCAAAAUACUCAGCGGUUUGCUCUACAUGAUGAUGUACUGCAGCGUUCUGCUCCUGGUCGUGAUCAGCUUGGACCGUUUCCUACUGGUGACCAAACCAGUGUGGUGCCAGAACAACAGGAACACGAGGCAGGCCCGCUGCGUCUGUUUGGUCGUCUGGAUUCUCGCUCUCCUCGCUGGUUCCCCUCAGUUUGCUCACAUGGAGAUACAUGAAGUGAGCAAGACUAAGAUUUUGUGCCGUGGCAGAUACAGUGGCUUAGGUCAUGCAUGGUCUGUUACUCUAACCCGCUUUUUUCUGUCUUUUCUGCUGCCUUUCCUGAUCAUCUGCAUCAGCCAUUGGAAGGUUUACCUCAAGACAAGCUCUGGCCGAGGGCAAAAAGGCAGCGACAAGUCAGGCCGGGCGCUACGUGUCAUCCUGGCAUUGGUGCUCAGCUUCUUCCUAUGUUGGAUUCCUUUGAACAUUGUUGAUAUUCUUCAGUUAAUAAUGCAAAGCCAACCCCAUCACGUUCAAGCCAACUUGCAUCUAGCCAGUGUGCUGACGCUCUGCUUAGCUUACAUUAACAGCUGCCUGAACCCGCUGCUCUACGUAUGUCUAGGCCGCGGUUUUAAGGAAAAUCUGAUUAGCUCACUGCGAAGUGUGUUUCACUUAGCAUCCGAGGCACCGCCCCAUCGAAUCAGCAUGACAGCAAACAGUAAAUCAACCACAGACGGGUUCAGAGAGGAGCCAAUCUAUUCAAAUACCAUCCCCAGGAAUCAUUUGUAGGUUUAUAGAAAUAAACCUAUACAUUGGACAUGCUGCUCAACUAAGAUGAACAAACUUGUUCACCAGUAACCAGUAGGCUAUAGUAAAUCUCUCACCUGUCAUAGUUAAUCAAAAACAGCAGAGCACAGUUCACUAUGUUAACAUGCACUAAUUUUCACUAAUCAAAAUUAAUCCAGUUUUAAUUCAGAUUCUGGAAGUUGUGUUUAUAUGAGCACUAAACCUUAUAGUCUGAUUCACAUAUAUUUGUUUAUAUGCACACUGCACCUGUUGCGAACAAAACUUAAAGUGCAUGAAACAGAGAAAGCCACUACAAGAAUGUUGCAAUCGUCCUAUGUGUAAGCCCCGCCCACUUAGUUAAUGUUGCGAACUCUGACAAACAGUUGCUGAGUCCCAAUUCGCCUACUUAUACUACGACCUAAAAGUAUGUAUUUUUUUUGUGAGGGAAAAGUACAUACUUUUGAGUGUGUAGCAAAAGAGUAU